AUGGACUGCCUGUGUGGAAAGAGAAAGACUCCGGAGCAGAUGGUGCGGCGGAACCAGCGAGCCCUCGCGCGCGCCAUGAGAGACCUGGAGCGCGAGAGACAGACGCUGCAGACGCAGGAGAAGAAGAUCGUCGCUGAGAUCAAGAAGAUGGCCAAAUCCGGCCACAUGGACGCCGUCAAGAUCAUGGCCAAGGACCUGGUGCGCACGCGUCGCCACAUCAAGAAGUUCAUGGUGAUGCGAGCCAACAUCCAGGCCGUGUCCCUCAAGAUGCACACGCUCAAGUCCAACGGCGCGAUGGCCCAGGCCAUGAAGGGCGUCACCAGGGCCAUGGCCGCCAUGAACCAGCAGGUAGGUGUGGGGCCCCGCUGCCUCGCACACACGGAGCUUCGCGAGCGUUAG